CUGUUGCACCAUGGUUCAUUAUUCUUUUCUUCUCCUUGUUAUCUCUUUGGCUGGUGGGAUGGAGAGUGGUAUUAUUGGAGGAAAAGUGGCUAAACCUCAUUCCAGGCCAUACAUGGCAUCUAUUCAGAUCAAUAAACAUCACACAUGUGGAGGGAUGCUGAUCAGAGAGGAUUAUGUACUGACAGCGGCCCACUGUUUGAACCGUAGUGUCUUCUCUAGUCGAGAUCACUUUGAGGUUGUUCUGGGAGCUCACAACAUCACGAAGAAGGAGAAGAGCCAGUAUCUGUCUAGCGAGUUUCACACUCCACCUGUCACUCAACAACUUACUCCCAACACUGUCUAUAUUAUGCACUUUGUUCUCUUUAAAUUACUUUGCUAUUUGCAGCUGAAGAACAAAGCCAAGCUGAGCAAAUUUGUGAAAGUUAUGACUUUUGCUAAGAAGAAUGGAAAAACACCUGCUAAUAUUCACUGCUCCAUUGCGGGUUGGGGGUUGAAAACCCCAAAAGGAAACCAGGCAUCAGAUGUGAUGCGGGAAGUCAAUCUCAAACUGCAGUUCAGCACUGAAUGUAAAAACAAGUGGCAGCAGUACUUCAACUCUGAGAGAAUGAUCUGCAGUAUUUCAGAUGGGAAACAUGCUUUUUGUAUGGGGGAUUCAGGGAGUCCUCUUAUCUGCAAUACUAAACCACAAGGAAUUGCUUCAUAUACCUUUAAUGGUGACUGUACAAAUAAAUCAUAUCCUCAAGUUUAUGUAAAAACCUCCUAUUUCCUCCCCUGGAUUAAAAAGAACAUUGGUUAAAAUUAAACAAACAAAUAAAUAAAUAA